AUGCCCAAAGUCUUGAUCAUCGGCGCCACUGGCUACCUCGGAAGCAGAAUCUGCAACGUCCUCAUCAAUAGCGGCCAACACAGAGUCUACGGCAUCGCCCGUAAUGAAGCCAAAGCCAAGUCUCUGGCCGUCGCCGAAGUCACCCCCGUCAUCUGCCACGACCCCAUCAACGAACCAGAUUCUUACCUCAAUGCCAUUCGCAACUUCAACAUUGACAUAGUUGUUGAUGUCUCUGGAGCAAAUCAAGAGUCUGCAAAGUUCCUUGCUGAUGUGAAAGCAAUCGGGCAAGAGCGUUUGAACAAGGCAAAGUCUACAGGGCUCACGCAUGCCCCAAAGCUUGGCUUUAUUUACUGCUCAGGAACUUGGGUCCAUGGAUCGAGUGACAAGCUAGUCAAUGAUCUUGAUAUCGUUGGGCCUGAGGCCACGACACCACCUGCACCUCUUGUUGCAUGGCGUGUCGCCCAUGAGAAUGCUGUUCUCACUGCUUCUGACGUCCUCGACGUGGCAGUUCUGCGACCGGCGCUCAUAUACGGUGGCGAGAGUACUAUCUGGACCGCCUUUUUUCUUCCGCUCCUCCAGGCUUCCCGAGAUAGAUCUUUGGACACUAUCCAAAUCUCAUUGAGCGUUGAUUCUCGGCCCGCGCUUGUGCACGUCAGUGAUGUCGCCACUGGUUUCCAAAAAGCUAUAGAGAAGCUUUCUAUUAUCAACAGCAGCUCGGUCUAUCCUGUCUUUGACCUUGUGACAAGUCAAGAAAGCAUGUCGGAGAUCUUCACAGCUAUGGCUUCACAUUGGGAGUUCAAGGGAAGCUGUGAGUUGGUUGGUCCUGGGGAUGAUUUGUUCGCGGAAGCCAUGGGAACUAGCCUUCGAGGUUCCUCUGAUCGCGCGAAGCAGCUACUUGGCUGGGUACCAACGAGAUUGAAUGGAUUUACCGGAGAUAUGGAUAUUUAUGCUGAUGCAUUUGCCUCUCAAUAUUAG